GGUCUUUGAUCUUUCACUGCUACGGCACUGUUGACUAGCACCCACUUCACCUGAAGCCACUUCGACAUGGAAAACUCACAGGACCCUCGGUCCUCCAACACCCAUCUUAGUGGCCACUCUCUGCUCCAAGGGCGGCAUCUUCCCUUGCCCAUCCAUGAUAGCGCCUCCAGGAUUGCCGAUUCUUUGGGAAGUAUACCCACCUAUGCUCCUCCUAGCAGCGGACAUAUUUCAAUCCCACCCGAGGCCUACAACUACUUGAUGCAAGCCUUAAUGUCUAUGCAAGGCUCUCUUCCCCUCCCUCCAUCACACGGAUUUCCCUCUAACUUUCCUACCGCGCCCCCCAUGAACUUACCACCGCCUACUUCUUGGUCUCCAUCCGUGUCUUCGAUCUCUGACCAACAGCAAGCUCCGUCACGGCCUUAUUCCCCCUCUCAGUUUUUGUUCAACCAGUCAUCUUUGGACCAGCCUUCUGAUUGCUCUUCGGACCUUCCACUUCCCCUGUCAAGGCCUACAAUUGGAGGACAUUCGGGCGACUUGGAUGCCGCAGACGACGAAGUCACGGCGAUAGCCGAGGACAAACGACGUCGUAAUACUGCUGCAUCUGCACGGUUUCGCAUAAAGAAGAAGCAAUGGACCCUCAAUCUCGAGCGGACUGUCGCCGAUCUGGCUGGUCGUGCCGAGGAACUCGAACGUGAAGCGGCAGACCUCAGGAAAGAAAACAGCUGGCUGAAGGAGAUUGUCCUACUCAGGGGCAAAGCUCUGAACGCUACAUCCACCAUCGAAGGCGACAACAAGGUGUCGAGUGAACCUGCGGAUGCAAGGACAGACGAAGACGAAGAGUCUGAAGAUGAUGAGCAGCAACAGGGACAACCUCAUAAGGGUGAGGAAGGCGAAAACAAGGGUGUAUCGUGAUCGUUAAGGACGACGCAUUUUGGCAUCAUAACUCAAGCCUUCGCUAAUGACGAUGAGCAUGAGGAUACAUCCAGGGCCGCUCCUUUCGCCUCUUUUUAUCUCUUGCAGUCCCGGACAUUUUACUGAUUAUCCAUCGGUUAAUUGACUGCCGUGUUGUCUCUGUUAGUUCUCAGUACUUCCUGUCUUUUUAUCACUCUCUGUACACUACGACUUUUCGCCUGAGUAAUGAUCUAGCAUGAAAGCAUCUGUAUUAACAUUGACAAAUGUAAAAUGUACUCGGUAUAUAUCCGCAUACAUCUCAUUUCC